UUCAAGAAGAAGACGAAGAAGGAAGUUGCUGAAGCGCAUAACAGCAGCGGGAGCAUAAUUCUAAUGGAUUUUGCUAAACGAUCAUUUGUUAUGCCGUGUUUCUCAGCGUAGGCAUAACAUGUUUCAGUCUGGUUACGAGUUUGAAGCUUGCUAGCUGAGCUUGCUAGCUAAGGAUCUUCGUCAUGGGGUGUGAAAAUAAGGAAUUGCUGUUUGGAUUUGGAGCCACCCACUAAUGCAAGGUCCUAACGAUUCACCGCAAAGGCAGCAGUCCACGGAGCACCGAGGAGGAUCCGCAGUUCAAACGGUCACGAUGGGAGCAGCCAUGGGGCCGCUCCUCCACUGGCUGCAGGAUGUGGCUGCUGUGACUUUUCAUAAAGCCCGACGAACGCUUUUCCAGGCCGCCAUUCUUUUCUGCACCCUAUCUCUGCUGCUGUGGGUGUCCAUAUUUCUCUAUGGGAGCUUCUACUACUCCUACAUGCCCACUGUGAGCUUCUCCAAUCCCGUGCACUUCUACUAUACCUCUGAUUGUGAUGCAGCGGGAUCAGGUCUGUGCUCCUUCCCCACAGCCAACAUAUCCUUCAUGAAGAAUGAGAGGGACCAGGUGAUGGCCAACGGCCAGCCUUACAGGGUGUCUUUGGAGUUGGAGAUGCCGGAGUCUCCAGUUAACGAAAAUCUGGGUAUGUUCAUGAUCAAGAUGUCCUGUUAUACCAAAGGUGGGAGGACUGUGUCAUCAGUAGGACGAUCAACCAUGCUGCAUUAUCGCUCCAGCCUUCUGCAAACCCUGAGCACUUUGUUUUUCUCCCCUCUCCUCCUGGCUGGGAUGACGGAGCAGAAACAACUCAUAGAAGUGGAGCUCUAUCCUGAUUACAAGACAAACGCCUAUCAGCCCACAGUGGGCGCAGUCAUUGAGAUCCAGUCCAGACGGGUUCAGAUCUACUCGGCUCAGCUCCGCAUCCACGCUUACUUCACUGGUAUAAGAUACGUUUUGUACAACUUCCCCCUGACGUCUGCAGUGAUCGGAGUGGCCACCAACUUCGCCUUCCUCAGCGUCAUAGCGUUGUUUGGAUACCUGCAGGUAAUGUGGGGUGGGCUCUGGCCUCCAGAACAGGUCAGAGUCAAGGUCAUGUUGGGAGACAACACACGGAUCCAGAAGAGGAGGGAAGAGGCACGAAAGCGCAUGGAAAGGGAAAAUUCACAGAAAGAAAUCAGCUCUCCUGCUGUUAUUGGCUCCAUCAAUGGGACGUUUGAUACCCAGGAGAAUGGCGCCGUAGCAGAGUCUUCGUCAAAGACCCUCUCUGUAAUCCCAGAUGCCUCUGGGGCUGAAGCUACACAUACAGCAGAGGCAGAGUCUCAUGACUCUGAGGGACCUGGGGAAACUGACGGGUCAGACGUGCUGGAUGGCAGCCCUCGGUCUCUGCCUGGAGAGACAGCCGUUCGCCACAGACCUGGACCUUGGAUGAGUCUCUGAAGCAUAAUAUAGCAAACACUGUUUAGCACUUUGAAUGGCCAAAUGUAGAUUUAGAUGUAGACUAAAGCGAACCUACAGCUUGAUAGAACUCAAGCAGAAUACAUGACAUGUAUUGCUUCAGUCUGCACUUGAUCCAAUAGUUUUGUCUUAAUAUCAGUCGGACCUCUAUUGACUUUUUUUGCUGCAGCACUGUUACAAGUCAUAUGUUUGUGGCAUUUAAGCAUCCCAGUUCAGAAGGCGUUACAUUCGAGUUCUGGCAUGUCCAUCGGUUGUCUGACACGCCCUUUUUAUGUUACUCAACCUGCUUGUGUUUCAUCUCUGCAGGAGAACCACUGAUCAGGCUUUUACUGGCCAUUACUGAUUUUCCAGUUGCUACUGACGUUUAGGAUCCUCAAAACAUACUUUGAUCAAUUUUGUUUACUAAGUACUAUAACACAUAGAAGAUAAAACAUAGAAAGAUUUAAGCUUGAAGGAACAUUUCUCUGUUGUUUUUUGUUUUGUUUUACCAAACACAGAGACGUGCAUCUGAAUACAAGCUGUCUGUGGUUCCAUUCAUUUAAAAAUGGUGCAUUUAAAGACCGAGGGGGAAAUGCAUUUCUACUAUUUAAUCUGUGGAUCCCCAUCAAUAAAAAUACUCCCCUUUCCCACUGCUGUUCAAUUGGUGGAUACUACUUUUGUUUUGUUUUUUUCAAAAAUCAUACCUAAAGGCAUUAUUAAAAGUUUUAUCAUGAAAUUACUCUGAGACUAUUUAAAGUAAAUGCCAUGCUGCUGAAACAAAAUGAUUAAAUACAUGUGACUUUUUCUCGACAAGCUCUUUUAAGGCAAUUUGAUUUGGAAAAUUUGCUCAACAGAAAGCAUCUUUGAUGUCACCAAGUUUUCCAUGAAAAACAUUGGUCCAGCCUGAGGGAAGCAAUUUUGACCUUUUUGUCUGGUAUUACAAAGCCGGGUUCUGUCUCAGUGUAAUUGGUGAGUUCAGUGUUCAUUCCUGUUACAUGUCUAUAUAAAACUCUAGAGUCAGGACAUCCUUUUUUUUCUACUUUUUUUUUUUAUCAGCAACCAGCUCAGAUCAUUUUAGAUGGGGUUGUUAAGAUGUAUGUAAGAAUACAACAGGGGAAAGUGAAGUUACGGCUUUGAAGUUGAUGCACUUGCUAAAAGCUAUGUAGGGAUUGUGCGGCUCAGCCUUUUUAGUAUUUAACCUGCUUUUGCAGAGGAGUUUGGGAUUUUGUUUUUAUGGUUGCUCUGUGUUCCCUGGAUAUUUCUACCAAAGAUAUUCAUAGAUAUGUUAGAUUUUUCAAACUAUGUGCAGCUGUUAUUUAUGUGUUUGAACGAGCAAAAUAAAUAUAUAUAUAUAUAUA